GUAUAAUUGAAAUGGCCGAAUAUAGACAUUAUGCAACACCCCAUCCCGAAUGGGUCGAUUUCCCAAACAAUCUCCCCCCAGGCACAAAACCAAUCUUGGGCAUGACCAGAGACCAUGAUCCGAUUAUUCCACAGGAAGGUCUCGAUAUUUACGAAAUAUAUGUCCCUGUGCGCGAUAAUACGCCUAUUACACUGCGCAUCUACCGUCAAGCUGCUAACCACCAUGCGCUUCCUCUAUUUCUCUACAUGCACGGAGGUGGGUAUGUCACAGGUGGUCUUGAAACAGACGAUGCAACAUGUCGAGUACUCGCGUUAGAGAUUCCUGUCGUUGUUGCAAGUGUUGAGUAUCGACUUGCUCCUGAGCAUAAGUUCCCCGUUGGCUUUGAAGAUUCCUUUGACGUCGUCCGCUGGGCUGCAUCGUCAGAGGGCCAGAGGAAACUUAACACAGACUUGUCCAAGUGCUUUAUUCUCGGUGGCACGUCUGCUGGCGCCAACUUCACUGCCGGAAUCUCGCACCUGGCUUGUGAUGAGGGCCUCUCUCCAAGAAUCACCGGUGUCGUGUUUCUCGCCGGGAGCUUCUGUCACCCAGACAUGAGACCGAAGAAGUAUCUGGAUCGUAUUCUGAGCGUUGAUGAGAUCAAUGAUGCACCUGGCCUCACGCGAAAGUCAAUUGACUACUUCGCAGAACUAUAUGGUGCUCCCCCAACAGACAAGCGACUGUCCCCUCUUCUAUUCGAUUCCCAUGCUGGUAUAGCAAAGAAAGCAUACUUUGCAAUCUGCGGUUGGGAUCCGCGACGGGAUGAAGCUAUUCUUCUCGAUCAACUGCUCCAAGAAGUCGGGCUGCCAACCAAGUCACACAUCUACUCAGGGUUACCUCAUGGCUUCUGGACGACUUGCCCUGACUUGCCUGUUUCCAAGAAGUGGCUGCAGGAUCUCCUUCAGGGUGUGCACUGGUUAUUAGAGUAGAGGUAAGCCGAAAGUAUAACGGGGGUGACGGUGGGCAAAAGACGAAACAUACUCAAUUUGUUCCAAAUCAGCUAAUCAGUACCAUCAUACAUUCUGCCCUUCCUUUGCCUUCUAGUGUACCCUUUGGCAAUUCCCAAAAUCAAGCCCAAUAUGCUUUUCCACAAUUUCCGAAACAAAAAUCAUGAUAUCCUACAUUUUCAGCUUCUCCAUCUCCUCAGAGAGAAUACCCUCCUCUACAACCUUGACCUUAACCUUCAUUCCCCAAGGCUCAUCAUCUCCAAUCCAGUUCUUCUUCUUUCCAAUCUUUUCCACAUUACUCGCCGCAUUCUUGACAGCCUCUUUUGUUCUUGCUGGGUCAUCGUGUGUCUUCUGUACCGAGAUUGUGAGCAGAAGACCUUCCUUAUUCUUCUUCUUGCCCAAAGUGUACGACCACUGAGAAGUGAACACCACGCGUGGCUUCGACUUGUGGAUCUUACCGGCUGGGUAGAGCGCGGUGAUGAGUUGUCCGACCCUGCCGAGGUAUGAUGCCCACCAGACUUCCUCAGGCGUGAGCAUGUCACGAAGUGACUCACGGAACUCUAGCUCACGAGGAGGAAGUUCACCGUCAUAUCUGGACUCGAGCAUCAAGGCCAACCUUGCUCGAUCUUGGUGCGAAACACCAUGGAUCGCAGACAUGUUUCCGACACUGGUUGAGUACAGCGCCGUCGUCGAGGCCGUCUCCUUACUCAUGAACAUGUGGAGAUACAUCGCAUUGGCGAAGGAGUCAACAACAGGCUCGCCGAACUCCUCUGGGAACUCCUUCUUCUUAGAAGGUUUCGGGAUUGCGUUCUUGAGCAAUUGCUGAAUGAGAUGUCGCGAACCCGGGGCAAAGUAGCCUGUGGCAACCUCUAGGGGAGACUGAGCUCGAAUAGAUGGUGAAAGCUGGCGGAAGAGAAAGCCUUCUCUUACACCACCUUGACAAAAGUGUGCCUCUUUGAUUCCUCCAGGAAUUGAUUCUGAAAGAACAUUGACAAGGAACGCGACCGCGGGAACCUGGGAUCUUCGACGAUCAGAAACACGGAAAAUGUCUUUCGCGGCAUGAGCGACAUGCUUGAGAGCCUCAGUGUCCUCAAACUGUUUGCGCUUGGCAGUGUAUCCAUUGAUAAUGGAAAUGGGAUAGUAGCUGCCAUCCGUCUGAUUCAGGUACAGGAGCAAAUAUCCCCACCCCCUGAAACCACCUCCGGAGAGAUAAAUACGGUACCCGCCUUCCUUCUCAGCCUUCUCGGUCAUCUCGGCGGGGAUCUGCAGAUUGUUGUAUGCGUCCUUGAAGUUGGCGAUCAUUUCCUUCUCAAAAGCCUUGACAGCUGCAUCGGCUUCAUCCUUCUUCUUACCGUCACGAAGAUCGUGGAGCUUCUUCGUCAAAGCAGCAGCUCCAUAUGGGAAACUGAAGCUGCCUUUGGGACUCAUGCGAACCUGACCGCCCGAGCUGAGCAUCCAGGUAAUCUGGGUGCUGCCACCGCCAAGGUCCAUUACCAGGCCCUCCAUGUCAGAGAAGCCACUGGCGAUACCUAGGGCACCAAUCUGGCCCUCUUCCUCUUUAGGUAGAAGCUCAACUGUUAGAUCAGUUUUGUCUUUGAUAGCAGCCAAGAACUGCUUCGAAUUGAGGGCAGCGCGGGUGGCUUCGGUCGCGAUAACAUGGAUAUUCUCCUUCUUGCACUGAAAGUCCUCGCAAAUAACAACGAACCGACUCAAGACUGAAACGACAGACUCGAUGACAUCGUCAGGGAUGGGAAUCUGAUCUCCAGUCUCGGGAUCAUAUUGAGAGUCGUACAGAGAAAUGGAGGCGCGAUAUUGGUAAACGGUAGGAAGCAUACGAGCCAAUGGGCUCGAAAGGUCGGAAAUUGAGAGACGAAUUCCAUUGCUGGUGAUGGCAUCACUUGUCAGUUUCUUUGUUGCAGUCGAUGGAUUGUCUCUAUUUUCUCACCUGCCCAUGUCAACAACACCGACUAGCUUACCCGCAUGGCCCUGCCACGGGGGAUGACCGCCCUGAAGAUGCGCAUACGGCGGCUGCGCAUCCUCAUCGUCGCUGCUCUCAUGGCCAAACUCGGCGAUUGGGUCGAUAACUUCAAAGUCGGAGAAAUCCAUCGCGGGCUGUCUUUGUUGUGGAGGUGAAGAUGCCCGUUUGUCGUUGAUGACGUUGGCAGGUGCAGAGCUCCCCGGUAUUUAAGGUGGUCGGUGCCUCUAUUUCAGGGAGCUUCCCGUCCUCAGAAGGAAAGCUAACGCCCUGCGGCGGGUUUCAGCUGUGAUGGGACUGCCC